AUUUGAAUGAACCUCAUAUGAUCCGUUUACUAUCAAAAAACACAGUACAUAUUGAUCUUGUUGAACCCGUCGUCUACCUGAGAGGAUCGCAUCAAGAUGAUACCCAUACUACAGUCAAAGGGGCUGUUAUCCUCGACUUACAGGAUUCCACCUUGAUCAAGAAUAUCACAGUUCGGUUGCUGGGACAAUCUAACACUGCAUGGGAAGAAGGUGGCCCAACAGGUGUGGGAGGUCAGCAGAGACGAUUUCAGAGCUCCAAAACAUUUAUCGAUUCGAUCAUACCCAUUUAUCCAACUGUACAAUCAGAGGCCGAGCGACUGAUGGUCUUAUCACCUGGCCAAUAUCGAUACCCAUUUGAGUUAUGCCUCCCAAACUCAUUACCAGAAUCUGUAAAUUUUGAAGAAGCCAAGGUGAACUAUAAGCUGAUUGCUACACUCGAAAAAGAGAAACGACAAGGCAACAGCUUGCUUCCUGGAUUUUUGCAAGCCAAAGUUGAUACGGCGGAGCAGGAGAUUAAUCUGGUUCGACUAGCUUCAGAUGCGGUUUUCACCAGCGACGGUUUGAGAGAAUCAAUCACAGCCCACCAUCAACUACCCGACUUGUGUGACUACCACAUUACCGUAGAAAAGAGCGCCGUUUCCCCCGGUGGCAUAUUACCUGUUUCCGUCCGUGUGAUACCACACCUUAAAGGCAUGCGGAUUGAGUAUGUCCAUGUCCGACUUCAGGAACGUCGUGACUUAAAAAUUCCUGAAAAACAAGUGCAGCACACCUUGGAAAAACAGCAUUACUUACGACGACAAGAUCAAGCCAAGAUGAAAGUGAAUGCUGAUAUCGAUGAUGUGGGCAGCUCUUGGGAGGACCGCAUUGUGUUUGUUGUACCAGAGGCUGACAGUUGCCCUAAUUUGCACCAUUCUACCAUGGCCCAUCCGGAAAUAUCAGUACAACACUGGUUGCAAGUUACCGUUUUGGUGGCCUACCCCGGUGAAAGCAACAAGCCGACACAACGAGCGCUAGUACUGGAUACUAAAAUCACAGUUCUCAAUGAAUGUGUUGCUGGUCACGCAGAUGAGGAUUGUGUUGCUUUACCCCAGUACCGAGAAACCUCGCGUGACGAUCAUCCCCGCAAAAACCAUAAUCUGCAUCAUUAUUCUCAUGGUGGAUAUUGUGCUUAUGAACUCGUCGAACCUAAUCCGCAACAGUCUGUCCGAGAUGUUUUUGGCCUUCCUCUUCCUCCUCCGGCCUACGACGAACAAAUCGAUGUUCGAGGAGUCCCUAUUUAGAACAAUUGCCACUUUAGAUUGUAAAUAUUUUAUUGGAAUUUAUGUUUUAUCUGAUAAAUAUCCGUGUAGCAUAAAAAAGGUUAACUGUGUGAAAAACAAUGGGAGUCUGCCUUCCCAA